AUGUAUGUGGAUGACCUCUUAAUAUCCGGCAACAACAGAGACAACAUUUAUGCACUCAUCAGCAAGCUACAACUCCAGUUCUCUUUAAAGGAACUCGGCACCAUCUCCUUUUUCUUGGGAAUUCAGGUACUCCACAAACCUACUGGAUACUUCUUGCAUCAAGCACAGUACACCCAAGACAUCUUACAAUCAGCAGGUUUGAAGGAUUGUAAACCCUCUCAAACACCUAUUGCUCUUAAGCCAUCAUCCAACAACAACAAUUUCCUCAACUCCGACUCAAAACUAUACGGGCAAAUAGCUGGAUCAUUGCAGUAUCUAACUAUAACAAGGCCGGAUAUUGCAUAUGCUACUAACAUGAUUUGCCAACAUAUGCACAAUCCAACUGAGCAAGAUUUUACCGCUCUUAAAAGGCUACUACGUUAUAUUCGGGGCACCUAUCAGUUCGGAUUGCCAAUCACAAGAGGAAAUCUUCAACUCACUUCUUUCUCCGACUCUGACUGGGCAUCAGAUUCCAAUGACAGAAAAUCCAUCUCAGGAUUCUGCACUUAUAUGGGCGACACUUUAGUCUCUUGGUGUGUAAAGAAACAAGCUACAGUUGCUAAAUCGUCCACCGAAGCUGAAUAUAGAGCCCUCGCUUCUACAACAUCUGAUGUCAUAUGGCUUCGUCGCUUACUCACUGAUUUUGAAGCAGCAUCAUCAACUCCCACAACUCUCUUAUGCGACAAUACAUCAGCCUUGACACUCGCAAAUAAUCCUGUUUUUCAUGCCAGAAUGAAGCACAUUGAAACUGAUUAUCAUUUCAUCAGAGAGCGUAUUCUAUCUAAAGAGAUCACUGUACAUCACAUAAACUCAGUGGAUCAACCUGCAGACAUACUCACCAAACCAUUAGGUCUCGCUCGCUUAAAAAUGCUCAGAGACAAACUUACUAUUCAACCACUUGAACCAUAA